AAAUAUUCAUAAGAAUAAUGUAAUUGUAGCAAUUUAACAAUAUUAAUUCAGCGUUCUAUUAACAAUAGAAGCGUUUGUCAUUAUACAUACGAAUUAGAAACAAAGAGUACGUCGUGAAUAAAUAAAAAUAUGAUUUUAUGUACACACGUACUUAAUAAAUUAAAGAUAUUUUUAUUACUCUGAUCAAUUUUCGUAUUUAAAAAUGCUACUGGUGAAGAUUAUGUGUAAUAAAUGUUCCAUACGUCCUAUUCUAAACAAGAAAGAGUCCUGAUUGGUUUGAAUCCGAAACAUGGAUAGGAAAAGUGGGGAUAGAAUUGUGCGGGCGCAAGAAUUGAUGGCUACGAUUGUAUACAAUUGAAAGAACGCACGUGAGUUCGAGAUAAAUCUAUUCGAACGUAUAGUUCCUAAUGUUUAUAUACAAUCAAACUUUUGGAAACCAUGAAAAACAAGAUAACAGACGACAAAUCACACAAUACUCAAACUAAUAUUAAGGAAAAAAGAAAAAGGAAAGUUAAAAUAGAGGAGAAAGGUAAUGCUAAUGCCAAUGGUGAUGUUAAACUAAACGAUAUAGACAUGCUUGAAAAGAGUUCAUCAUGCAAAGAAAAUGGUGUGAUAAAAAAACGAAAAAAAAAGCAUGAAACUGAUUCAUUUAUGCGUGAUGUAAAUAGUAGUGAAUGUGCUGAAGAAUUUGCUAAAGAAGUAUCUACAAAAUUUGAAGAAAGUAUAGAAAUGGAGAAUACAAAAUCAUUAAAAAAUGUAGAAGGUAAUAACAAAGAUGAGAUGACUGUACAAGUAAAAGAAUUAGAUGGAAAAUCAUUAAGGGCUAGUUUCAAUUCUGCUAGUGCUUUAGAAACAUUAAAGAAAUUUGUAAAAAUUUGUAAUAACAGUAAUGAAAAGGAUUUAGCUGCAGAAUAUUUAGAUGCAGGUGGCAAUAUCAUUGAGGUACUAAAGUUAUUGGAUACCUCAGAUAAUAAGAAAAAUAUUGGUGCUGUGACAACCGUUUUCUCUGCAAUAAGGAUAUUAUUAAUAAAGAUCUUAGCACAAUAUCCACAACAACAAUCUAGUGCAGAAGCAGCAUGUAGACAUUUAAUUAAUUCACACUUAUCAAUGGUACAUUCUAUGCUUUCUGUACAAAGUAAUGCAAAACAGCGAAAAGUAGUUUUACAAUUACUUGCUGUAAUUGUUUCCUUAGGUGGUAAUCUCCCACGUGAAUUACUUACUCAUCUGUCUCUAUUACCAGAAAUCAUUAAAUCUCUAGUACGACAAACAAAGCCUACAGAUGAGCACAAUAUAAGGAAUUGUUUUAUUCAUUUCAUUCUUUCGUUUUUAAUAGAAGGAAAUGUAUCAACUAUUAGAACUCUCUUGGACAAACACAAUUUACUUUCUAGUAUAUUUCAUGAUAUGAUAUAUGAUUCCAAAGAUAUUAUUGCUUUAAUUAUAACUACAUUGAAAACUUACAUUCUUCAAAAUUCAAAAAUUAGCAAAAGUAUGAAGUUACAUAUAUUCUCAACAUCAGUUAUUCAAAAUUUUGUACGUCUAUAUAAUUGGAAAGGUCCAAACAACUGGCCAAAGAAUAAAAUUCAAAACUUCAAAGCAAAUCCACAAUAUCUUGAAGAAAAAGAGAUCGUUACCGACACUGUGCACAGUUUCUUAAUUAUAUUAUUUACAUCUCAUCGACAUGGUAUUGUUUUCUAUGACCGUACCCUUGGUACGUCGCAUGCGAAGCAUAAUCAAUUAGUUAGCACAAUACUUCAAAGUUUAGAUCGACCUUGGGAACAUGAAAAACCAUCAGAUCUAGUAAUUAAAAUCAUGACAGCAUGUCCAGACUUAAUUAAAUCCCAAUUUAGUCUUUUGGAACCACACAUUGAACCUAGAGUAUCAACAAAAUGGAUUGCAACAAUAAGAUUUGUGAGAAAGAUUAUUGAAUCAGUGGACAUAGGAACUUGUUUGAAAACUUGCUCAAUGGAAUUAAGUGUAUCUCAAUUAGCUAAUGCAAUAAUGUCUUUAACUCUACCACAAGUAAUAUUGAAAAAUGCAGUUAUACCCUCUUUAAGUCAUUCUAAUAUAGUAGUAAGACAUGAGGCAGUACUUACACUUACAACUAUGUUUGAUCAAAUGCAAAAAUAUUUAAUAGUUGCAAGAGAAAAUUACAACAAAGACAGUGAUUUUAAUACAUUUAAAAAUACAGUAUUAGAACUUAUGAUAAAGAAUGUUCCCAAUUUAAAUAUGAUAUUGAAACUAUGGAGUUUGGCCUUUGUAUUGAGUCCAAUUCAAGAUAGCAAUGUUAAUACAGAACAUAUUCCAGAACCGAAAAAAUAUGAACAUUUGACAGCCAUUUUAAAUUUAUUACACAAGUAUGAAGAUAUAAGUCCAAAAUUAUUGCAUACAUUAUCGGAUUUGCAACCUAGUGUAUUUUUAAAUACACUGAACGAAUUACACGAUGUUGACCUUACUGAAUUUAAUACUAUAAAAGUAAAAACUAUACAAUUCUUAGUUAUGUCAAAUCCUACUGAAUUUUCACCACAACAGGACAUAUUUAGCGAUGUACUGUCAUAUUUAAUAUCUCUUUUAAAUAGAGAAGUAUUCCCAAUUUCAUUAUCUAUAAAGACAACAAUUAAAAUUUUAUUAAAUACUACUGGAAUGUUUGAAGGAUGUAGUGAUCAAAUAGAUAUCUGGAUUAAUGGGUUCGUGAAUAUAGAUGAAAAGGAAGAAAUAAUAAAUUGGUUUAUAAAUAUUCUAAAGAAAGCUGCUAAAGAUGUUGACAAAUACGUUAAUGAAAUAAUUAAAACAGAAGAAAUUAUAAAUGAAGGAAUAAUUCCGGCGGGUCGAUUAGAAGACAUAUUUAAUGAAUUGGCAGAUAUGGAUAUUAUUCACGAAAGUUUAGAAAAAAAUGUUUUACGCAUGCAACGGCUCACAUCGAUAUCGCCUGUUCUAUGUUAUAUAUUACGUAAAAUGAAGACAAAUUUGCAUCCAACUACUUUAUGUUACGCUUCUUACGUAUUAGUACAUACGUUACAUUAUCAAGUUGCACCUGAAUGUUUAAUACAUUUAACAAAAGAUAUUCAAGAAUUACCAAUCAAAAAAUAUUUACUUAGCUGGUUAGCGAGCAAUAAUCCUGUUUAUAUUAAAGAAGUACUUCCCUCAAUGGUUGUAAUGGCUAAAUUGGAUCUAGUAUUGUUAAGUAAUACUAAAAUUCAGAUAAAUGAAAUAUUUAAUGGUGACAAUACAGUUACUUUUAAGUACAAUAAUGAGAUUAUUACAAUCCGUCAUUCUUUAUCAUCAUAUGAAAUCAUGUGUUUAUUCAAGAUGACUAUAUUUUAUUUAACGCAAUUUACUAAACGAGAUAUUUUAACGACAACUCAAAUAGAUAAUUAUAAGAUCCUUUUAAUAUCUUUAUUAUAUCUUUCAAAAGAAAGUCCAAAUGACCCCACACUUUUGGAAGAGUGUAUAAAAUCUGUGUUUACUCAUCCUAUCGUAUUGUACAAUUUUUUACCAUUUCAUCAGAAAGAUAAAAAUAUUGUGAAGAGUAUGAUGACGGACAUAAUUAUUGCUAUUUGUAAUGUAAUAAUUCACUGGUACAGAAAGGAGAAAGUUGAGUACUUAGUUUUUCAUUUCAAAAAUAAGUUACUUACGCAAUUACAUAAAAUGAUAAACAAACGUCAAAGAAGUGACAAGAUAGACAGUGUUGAAGCGAUUACAACUUUGUUGAACUUAUUACAAGUAACACCACAAGAUGUUGUAUGUUUAUUAAAAAAACUUAUGGCAUUAAAAGAUACAAUGUUUAUCUCGAAGAAUGAGAAAAAUUUAUCAAUUUAUGGAUACAUCGUUCCGAAACUUUUGGAAAUUAUCAGUAAUAAUGAAAUUCAAUCCGAGCGUAAUGCAUUGUUUGAAUUAGACGCAGAAUUUAUUAAAUGUUUAUGUUCUCAUCUACUUGUUUUAAAGUCGAAACGAAUUACUAAUUUUGAAAAGUGGGAAUCAGCUUUACAUGAAUAUAUUUCAAAAUUUCCCUUCAAUAUUGUUGGUAUUGAUACAGAUAUUUUUUUGUCAUUGUUGGCAACGCCGAUUAAGGAUACAACUGUAAAACUACUUUCAUUUUUAAUUGGUAAAAAUAUGAAAUUUAUACCAAUCUUUACAGAAUACAUGCUUAAGUCUGAAAGUAUAAAAGAGAGUAAUAUUGUGUUUCCAAUACUUCAAAGCAACUUAAAUUUUAAAUGGAAUCAAAAAUUUUUACAAGAAUUACGGACACAUUAUCAAUACGAUGUUUUAUCCUAUUUGAGUAAGCCUACAAAUACGAAAGUUUGGAUAGAAGAAAACGCUACUGCAGUCUCUUAUUUAAUUGAAAACGUAUUUGAUUUGAAAAUGUGUAGCGAAACGUGUAAUAUUAUUUUACAAAUUGGCGAUAAGUUGGAUAUGGUAUCUAUACAAUAUAUACAAAUUCUUCAAAGUGUUUAUAACAAAUGUGCAACUUGUGGAGAAGACGGAGAAAAGCAUAUUAUGAAUCUGGUACAAGUUCUUGUUCAUAUAAUUACACUGACUCUGAAAAAAGAGUCAAAAAACAUCGAAAAACUUCUUAUUCUUUGCAAAGGAUUAAACGCUGCAGUCAAGUAUUUAAGAGAGAAAAAAGAAGAUUUUUUAUUUGAGGCGUUGCAUACUAGUAAUUCAUGGUCUCAAUUUACACGAUUUUCAUUGAAAUUUGGUUUUAAAGAAUUAAAAGGCAAUAAACAGCCGUUGCAAAUAUUAAAAACUUUAAGUAUUUUAUGCGAUGUUGCAUAUAAGAAUGGCAGUAACAGUGAAUACGCCAAAACUUUAUUUGAAAUGGCAACUUCUCAUUCCGAGUUUCUUAACAUCAUGUUACUAUCAUCGGAUAUAAAAAGGAAUCUCGUAGAACUAUUGUGGGUUCUUAUUCAAAAGAAUAAAACAGUUAUAGCAAUAACGCACGUUCCUGUUUAUCUAGCAGCAUAUAAUGCUACUUUAAGUGCGGCUGAUCAGUACCUUUUACUUAUUUUGCAGUAUUACGAAAGUAAUGGUAUUAAUAUUUACGAAUAUCGACCAUAUUUAUGGGGAAAUGCGGCUGCAACUCAUUAUAGUGUAAAAGGUGAAACACACAUGAAUUUGUGGAGGGAACCAUCUACUUUUCAAGUUUUGAACUUAUUCGAGGAAGACAUAGUUAAUAACACUAUAAAAAAUUAUCCAAUAGAUAGAGCAUUAAAGAAUAUAAAAUUACACGACGCAAGUAACACAUACGAUCCAGCAUUUUAUUUACCAUUAUUAUAUUUUUUAUUAGCUGAAAAUAAUGUCGUAUCGUGUCAAAAAAUAGCUCAAAGCGGUGCCCUGGGAUUAACAUUUGCUGCAUGUAGCAGUAAUCAUUCUGACAUUCGUAUGAUAGCUUACACAAUCAUCGUUAGAUAUUAUUCACAUUUGGAAGCUUCAAGAUCGAAAGCAAGGUUGUUAUGGAUGCGAUUAAUAGAUGCAUUACGUUACGGCGUUAUAUCAUUACAUUCACAGCUUAACGACGUGCGUCUAAAUUGUAUAGUCUCUAUAUUUUUGGCAAGAGCAUCUUUAAUCGCUACACAACCAUUACAUCCUCUUUAUUUGCCUCUUCAAAUAUUCCUGAUGGCUAAACCUGCAUUAGAUAUAAAUACAAUACCUGAGCUAUUACAACUCUUUCAUAGUUCUGAUGUGAAACAUAAAGAGCAUAGACAUUGGAUUCUGGAAACUAUUCGCGAUGGUAUGAGGACAAAAAACGAGCUGAAUGUAGCUUUUAAGUGUGUUCUAUUUAAAAUGCUUUUAGGUUUUUAUACUUGUAAUUUACCAGAUCCAAGCACAAAGACGCUUAUCCUCGAAGUGAUUGAUAGUACAUUGAAAAUAAACAGUGCUUCUAUACUUCUUAUAGAAGGUUAUGGAUUACUUCCAUGGUUAUUAGAAAUCACAAAUAAUUUACAUAGUCAUGAAAUUGAAUAUAUUGAGUUUAUAGUAAAAAUAAUGGACACGCUUUUGAAUACAAUACUGAGAAUUGAAGGAGACACUGUCCAUUACAAGUUGAUGCUUUUAAAUGUUGCAUUGAGUUUAAAGUCACAUUUAUCGAAAGAUAUCAAAGUUAUCGUAUUUACGGUAUAUAUAAAUAUUUUGCAAAGGUUAUUUUUAUCAAGAUGCAUGAAAAUGGCUGUUAGUAAAGAAUAUAUAAUGGAAAUUCUUCAAUUUUCGAAAAAUCUUUUGGGCAAUUUGGAUGAAUGCGAAGAUAUGCUUCGUUUUGGUUGUGAAUAUAUAUCCAAAGCAGAGUGUAUAGAAGAUAAUGAAAUUGAAGUUGCAAGAAACUGUUUGAGAACAAUGGUAUGGACAUGGUGCAGCCACGAAGCAAGAUAGUCUAUUGAUUUUAAUGUAUUAUACAAAUAUUAUAGCUACACUUAUGUAUACUUCUUAAGAAAAUUAUUAUUAAACUUUUAAUGAAAUAAAAUAAUAUUUCUGUACAAA